AUGAUAAUGACCGAGACCUUCAAAAUCGGCGUCUUUUACCUCUUGGCCGAGGAGGCAAUUGGGAAGGCCAAAACCUUCGGUCCCGAAGAGGCCGCGGAGAUGCUGCAAGCCUACGCAGACGUCAGAGUUCGCAACGAGCCCCUCUUCGAAUCCUUGGGAGCGCAGCUGCUUCGACUGCAGGAGGAGGAGCCUUCCGCAGUGUCAGAAGCCAUGCACGUGGCCGUCAGCGCCCACGAAACGCUUACUCUCACGAGCUUGCCAGCGUACUCCGGUUUGCGGGCAGCAGCCCAGCGAAGCCAAAGUGGUCUCAAGGCAGACGAGCAGACUGCGGAUGAAGACGUCCAGGAGGAGGAGAAGGAGAAGAAGCUGACGUCAGAAGGAGAGUUGGCGCAGGUGCUGCAAAUCCUUUCCGAGAUAGUAACCUCGGAAGAGCAGCUGAAGGGCAACGUGAAGAAUCUGACCACAGAGUUGAUCAGUCAGAAACUAUCUUUCGACGAGUCCUACAAGCGGCUCAAAGAAGUGCAGCCGGAUGAUGUCCUGGAGCGGUACGGCCUCACUAUGCAGCAGUUCGAUGCUUUGCUCGAAAGGCAUUGGACCAAUCCCUUGGUGAAGGUGGGCAUCCGUCCCAUCGUGGGAAUGCCAGUGAAGACCGACGGCACUGCCGAGGUGCCGGUCGACAAGGUCAUUGAGGUCCACAAGUACAUGCUCGAGGAGGUGAAGAAAAUGAUUCAGCAGUUCGAAUCACUGCAGAGCCAGGCGACCUACGACGUCAAGAUCGCCACACUCACGUUGCAAGCUAUGGUUGGUGCGAAGGUUGAAGAGAAGUUCGACCUGACUUCUCAAGACAUCCUGCACUCCGUGGCCCGUUACCACGACGAACUGGUCACGAACCAGGAGUUUACAAGUGUCAACACGCCAUUGCAAAACGCAAUGUUGUCCUACUUCCAUGAGCGUGCCAUAGCGAUGAGAGAACGUGACGAUCCGCCGCAGUUCGAAAAGGAUGCGGUCAACGGCUUUGCUUCCGGAUCGGUAAAAGUUCUCCUGUCAAUCCUGGACUGCUUCGAUCCAUGCCUGCCCAAGGAGCAGCUUGCUCAGACGGCACAGCAGUCCAUCGGGACACGCUGGGGCUCUUCACGCAUGGAGCACGGCUCCCUGCAAGCGGCCAUUCCUUACGAGAAGCAGCCCAUGUACACUUUCUACGACAAGUCCUCCGAGCAGGUUGCGAAGGAGUCCCUCGUGCGGCUUCCAGAAGACAAGCGCAAAGUGACCAUGACCGCGUCGUUCCACUUGACGCGGCAUCCGGCCUCGGGCACGGACACCCUGAAAGGCAAGGUCCCGCCGGCGGGUGGUGUCAAGGUCUUCUCGGCCGAUACUUGGAUGGACAAAGACCACCUGGGAAUGAAAGAUCCGACCAUCCGACCAGGGGAUGUCGACCUUCAGGAGACCUUGAGGAAAAAGGCCAUGUCCGAUCCGCUCGCGCAGAGUGAGGAGGAGGAGAGUUCCCCACCCCCCGAGCCGGCGACCCCCCAUCGGCCCACUUCCGCGGCCUCGGUCUCGGGUGCCUCGGAUGCUUCGUCCAACACGAGAAAGAGGAAGGGCAGCAAGAAAAGGAAAGACAAGAAAGGGGAGGACUCUCAAGAGCUCUCCGGAGAGGGACAGGCCACUCCGUCAGUCCAGGAGGACUCGCGAACUGACACAGCCGAGGGAGCUGAAACAGGAUCCAAGACCGGAUCUCUUGACGAUGUGGAAGGGGAGUCUGAAGCCGGCAGGAAGACUCCCAGCAGCAAAGCUCCCAAGAAGAAGUCAGGGAAGAAGAAAGCUGCCGGUGGGGGAACUGAAGAUAUGGGUCAGACUGGCGAGAGCUUCGUCAGCGGCGUCAGUGCUGUAACGGACGACAGCGAAGCCGAUUCUCCCAAGGCAGCCCGGAAGAAGAAGCCCGAGGCAGCACACAAGGCGAAAGCCAAGGCCAAGGAUGGUGCCAGACGAACCUCCGAGACGCCGGAGGUCGAGGCUCCCCCUCCUGUCAUGGGCUCCGCCGAUGCGGAGGAUGAGGUUGUGGUACCCGGGAAGGAGACCGCCACGCCAAAAUCGCGAGCAUCGCCCAAACGAGCAGGUCGUUCGCCAAAGCGCCAGGUAGACAAGGGCCACGCGGACGGUGGCAAGGAUCUAACAGACAAGCUGGGCGACUUUGGCGACAGCUUUGGCACGCAGUUCUGCUGGGCUGGCAUGCAUGGAGGCAUGAACGGAACCGGACUGCGACCGAGAUGGAAGGACAAUCCGAGGCUGCCUCAGCUUGUUGGCAAGCCGGCGACGGAUGACCUCCACACACCCUGCUUCGUGCGCCACGCAUACAGGCAUGGCACCGUGACUGUGGGCCCACCCUACAGAGUCACAGAGACCAUGGACAAGACGUCGCCUGCCUGGUGCGCAGCGAAGAUGCUGGAUGCUUCUAUCGAGAAGGCAGACUGGGUCCGGACCUACAGCAAGAUCCUCAAGGAGCGCGAUCCGAAGUUGGGCCCGGAUGUCAACAUCCGGGUGGCUUCCAGGAGCUUUUCCCUUCCCAAGGUCGCUACACGUGCAAAGCCCCGGGCACGGCCACCAGCACGGUCGGCGAGCGAAGACGGCAAGAAGGACCGUCGGGCCUCGCCUGGCCGCGAUGCGGCGGCUGAACAGGCCGGCACACAGGUCGCCGAUGCCAUUGACACAUCAGCGGGCAGGCCUUCCUCCAAGACACCGAAGCCAAAGCCGGAAGAGGACGACAAGAAGAAAAAGAAGGAAAAGAAGAAGAAGGAUAAGAAGAAGGGCAAGGGUGACGGCGAGGAAGGCGAGGAUGAGGGAAAGAGGAAGAAGGACAAAAAGAAGAAGGAAAAGAAGAAGGACAAGGGAGAGUCUGGUGAGUUGGUCGAGCCGGGUGUUCAAGAGGAAGUGCAAGACGAGGCCUCCGAGGUUGGUGGUGAGCCGCCUUUCGAGUUGCUCCCUUCGGUGGGCACCUGGUUGGCUCCUUUGUUCCUGGACUUUGAGGAGCAGGUUGCUACUCGACCCGAGACGCGGGAGUCCUCGGAGUACCAACAGAGCGUUGGCGAGUCCGACUUCUCUGCCACCUUCGGUACCGAAGCCGUCUUGGCAGACGAUAUCUUGGCGGCUGCCUUCGGUGGGCUGGGGAUACCCCUGGAGGUCAUCCAGGUCCCUGUGCCAAAAGACGAAUCCGCGACGGGAGAGGUGUCUGAGAGCUCCACCAUUAUCGGGGCACAAGCCGCCAUUGUGCACGCGAUUCAGCAUGCUGCGGAGAGGGAGGCACUUGAUGCGAUUCCUCUCCAGUUCCGCCCGUCGAGCGGUACGCUGAUGCUUCCGUUGCCGAAGAUAUGGGAGACAGAGGCAGCGUCCGAGGAAUCUCGGCAAGCUUCCAGAGACCCUACAGUCGUGUCCGAGCAUCCACCAGGAUCCGAGGUGCCAGCACCACAGCAAGCUUCCCGGGAUCCCACGGUCGUGUCCGAGCAUCCACCGGGAUCACAGGUCGUGUCCGAGCAUCCACCAGGAUCCGAGGUGCCAGCACCUCAGCAAGCUUCCCGGGAUCCCACGGUCGUGUCCGAGCAUCCACCGGGAUCACAGGUCGUGUCCGAACAUCCACCGGGAUCAGAGGCGCCUCGCCCUGCCUCAAAGGAUCCUACAGUCGUGUCCUCGCAUGCAGCGGUUUCCGAGGUCUCGGAAGGCACGGCCACCCGCGGUGCCCAGGCAGCCAUCGCACACGCCAUUCUGCAGGCUGCGCGAGCAGAGGAAGUGCGGCAAAGCUCCAAAGCCGAGACCGUUGCUUCAUCGGCUCCAGUGCCACCGGGCACGGAGGGUGGCGAGGUGUCCUUCGAGUUCCUUCCGUCUGUGGCAGUGUCUAUGCUUCCCUUGCCGAUCAAGGUCGUCGCUCCGGAGGCAGCCACCGAGGUCUACGAGCCUGUCCCGGAGCUUCCACGGAUGCCGGUGAAGAGAACUCCUUUCACGAAUGCUGGCGCCGCGCGACGGGAGGUCAGCAUGUUCGCAUCUUCGCUAACGACGUCCAUCUUCAGGGACGCCAAGCAGGGGAGGCGUGGCUAUCGGGGAUCCUCCAGAAGUCCAUCGCCUGCGCUGGCACCACCACCGCAGCAGCCGGCAGACGGCGGCUACCCACAAGGUGGGCCAAGCUCAGAUGGCUCGGUGGCGUUUGCAGCAACACAGCAGCCGGCUGAAAAGGCUCAUUCUGGAGGUCCCGGACCUUCACGGCACCGACCCGCAGAAGAGCCAACCCAGCAGAGGCCUGGUUUGGCAGCCACGACACCAGCGA